AUGCAACUCGCACAGUUCCGAGCGCUCCGCCGCGCGCCCCGCGUGACGCUGGCCCGCGCCUUGUCCGUGCCAAGCGAGGCGGCCGCCAAGGGCUCCAAGGACGAGAUGCUGCGCGCGUUCGACAAGUUCCAGAAAGACGCAGCGGCCCACACGGUGCCCUGGUUCCUCGCGAACAUGCCGCCGUCGUACUUUCGCUCGAUCGAAGAGGAAGACCGGCUGCAGCACCUGAACGCCAUCACGGCGCUCAUUGGCGCCGAGCAGCCCGAAGUGCUGCUGCGGUCGCCCGAUCACAAAGUGUUUUCGCACUUUCGGUCGGGCGCCAACUUCCCCGGCCGACUCGCUGACGUGCUCGAGCAGCUCCCGCAGACAGUGGACGGCGCGACGCUCGCUCGGGUCAAGAUCUUCACGGCGCUCGACGACUCGCUCGGCCUCGACAUCUUUCGCUUUGGCCAGCAAGAGCGCUUUGUGAACAAGUCGGACGAAGAGAAGCGCGCGCGGGCCAAGAUCCUCCAGUUCUGCGCGGACAUCCAGGCCGGCAAGUACGCGGGCGACGCGAGCUACCCCAAGGCGGGUCCGCACUUUGACCCGGCGGUCGUUGACGCCUUCCUGCACAACAGCAACACCAUGUACGUGCAGUACAGCCACCCGCGGCGCCUCGCCAAGCAGCUCGAGCUGUACCAGCGCGUGCGGGGCACGGAAGGCGUGGCUGUGGACGUCGAGCACAAGUGGGAGACCCGCAGCGACGAGAACAAGUUUGUCUCGAGCGACGUGUCGCAGACCAUGUUGACCAUUGCAGCGUCGAACGUCAUCCCCAAGAGCUUCAUGCAGACGGCGGCCACGUACCUCGGGCUGUGCAACCUCAACGUGAUGCGCGCGCACUUGGAUGUCGUGCGGGACCCCGAGAGCAACAACGGCGACGGCCACGUGGCUAUGGUGCGGAUCCUCGUGCAGCCGAGCAAAGAGGCGCUGCAGGAGAACUUUGAGUUUGAGUGGUCCAAGAUCUCGGGGAACCUCAAGUACCUCAAGUGGGUCGACGAAGGACCGGUCCGCCUCACGCUGCAGCACCCGGACCUGGGCAUCUCACGGGCCGAGCUCAUCUACGCCUACGGCAACAUGCUGCACGGUGUCCUGGCCAAGAAGGACCCGUUCGCGUACUCCCUCACGCGCAUUCUGGAGACGCUCAAGCACGAGCAGCACCUGCCCUUUGCUUCGCGCAUCGCGGACUUUUUCCUGCGGAAGUUUGACCCGCAGCAGGAGCGCCUCACGGAUGCCGAGCAAGACGCUGUCGUGGACGAGAUCAAGGCGGACAUCCGUCGCAACGUCGAGCAGGAGGACGCGAUUGAGCUGCUGAACAGUAUGGCCGAUGCCGUCCGCGGGACACUGCGGACCAACAAAUUUGUGCGUGAGCGCUACGCGCUGUCGCUCCGCAUGGACCCGCAGGUCAUGGGCUACGGCACCGUGGGCAAAGACACGCCGUUCGGUGUCUUCUUCAUCUGCGGUCGUCGGUUCAAGGGCUUUCACGUGCGUUUCCGCGACAUCGCCCGCGGUGGUCUCCGCAUGGUCUACCCGAGCUCGACGGAUGCCCACGCGCUCGAGAGCGCCCGUCAGUACAACGAGGCCUACAACCUCGCCUUUGCUCAGCAGCUGAAGAACAAGGACAUCCCGGAAGGUGGUUCCAAGGCCGUGGUGCUCUGUGACCCUAUUGUCGGCGAUACUGGCGAAGUAGCCCCGCGCGACUACAUUAUCCGCAAGAGCGUCAAAGCUUUCUCGGACGCGCUGCUUGACUUGAACACCACGGACGAAGCUGUGAAGGAGAAGAUUGUCGACUACUACGGGAAGGACGAGCUCAUUUACUUGGGCCCGGACGAGAACAUCCUCCCCGAGGACAUUGUCUGGAUGACGAACCGCGCUGCCCAUCGCGGCUACCCCGUCCCGCGCGCCUUCAUCAGCUCCAAGCCCGACGCUGGUUUCAACCACAAGGUGUACGGCGUGACGAGUGAAGGGGUGGCCGUCUUUGCUGAUGUCGCGCUCCGCUCGCAGAACAUCGACCCAACGAAGCAGCCGUUCACCGUGAAGAUCACGGGCGGCACUGACGGCGACGUGGCUGGCAAUGUCAUCAAGAUCCUGCACCGCGAGUACGGCACCAAUCUGCGUGUCGUCGGCAUUUGCGACGGCACGGGUGUGAUCGAGGACCCCCAGGGCCUCGACAUGGACGAGCUGCUGCGUCUCGUGCACGAGUCACUGCCGCUGUCGAGCUUUGACGAGUCCAAAGUGUCGCCCAGCACCGGUGUGAAGCACGACAUUAGCACGACAAGUGGAAUUCGCGCUCGCAACUCCAUGCACAACCGCGUGCAGAGCGACCUGUUCAUUCCUGCCGGCGGUCGUCCGAACACCAUCAACGAGAACAACUGGCAGGACUACCUGGACGCAGAUGGAAAGCCGUCGUCGAGCCUGAUCGUCGAAGGCGCCAACCUGUUCACCACGCCCGAAGCGCGUCAGCUGCUGUUCGACAACGCUGGCGUCGUCAUCGUCAAGGACAGUUCGGCCAACAAGUGCGGCGUCGUGUGCUCUUCGUACGAGAUUGUAGCGAGCAUGUUGCUCGAGACGGACGAGUUCCUCGCCGUGAAGGACGAGCUGGUCGUGGAGGUCGUGGACAAGCUGCGUGCGUUGGCGCGCGUCGAAGCUCAGCUGUUGUUCCGCGAGUACAAGAAGGACCCGUUGUCGGCUCUACCGCCUGCAAGUGAGCGCAUCAGCCGCGCCAUCACGCGCGUGCACGACGCUGUGUUGGCCUACUUCGACGAGGUGUGUGACGAAGACCAGCAGGUCCUGUUCACGCUCAUUGAAGAGCACUUGCCGCCCAAGCUGCGCGAGCUCGCACUUCACCGCGUGCACGAGAACGUGCCGCUUGCGUACAUCCGCUCGAUCGUAGCGUCCAGCCUGGCCAGCAAGAUCGUGUACCGUGAAGGGCUGCAGUUCACCGAGGCGUUGCCCGAAGCGAACUUGGGCAACAUAGCGCUGCAGUACCUCAAGCAGGAGAAGAAGGUGCAGCGUCUCGUGGAGGACGUGCGAGCGUCGCAGCUGCCCAACAAGGAGGACAUCGCCGACCUCAUUGCUCGCGGCGGCGUUCGUGCUGGCAUCGACACGCCCAACUAG